UUGGUCACCACAAGUAUAGAAACUCUUCCUUCAAGAUGUUGCGACCAUUGCUGUUCGUUGUGGCCGUGGUGCUCUGCGCUGGUUUCAUCCUUGCGGACAGCUUGGAGCCACCUAGUUCCAGGGACGCGAUUGCUGACAGAAGCAUCGAAUCGAGAUUCGGAGGACACCGCGGUUUCGCAAUUGGUUUCGGCAGGCCCGUGUUCGGGGGUGGUUUUGGCAGGCCCGGCUAUGCCCCAGGCGGCUAUGGUGGCCCCACCUUUGGGGGUGGAUGGAACAGACCCGGGUACGGAGGUGGCUGGGGUGGACCCGGGUAUGGAAGUGGCUACCCUCGACCAGGUUUCGGAGGUGUCGGAGGGGGCUACGGCUCGUGGUACUGAUCGAAGAUACUAGCAUUCCUUUCGAUCGGUUGAUUUUUUUUUUUUUUUGAAUGUAUACACUCACGAAGUUAUCAAAAUAACGAGUGUAUUUUUGAUUAUAAUUGUAAGCGAAUAUGCGACGAAGAUUAAUAAAACAAAAAACAAAAAAACAACACUU